GUUGGCAAAAAAAAUUGCACCUUAUAUAACAAUAACGUUCAAGUAUGUAUCUGUAAACGCGUUUGCUUUAUUGCGCUGCGCAAUAGAAAUCCAUCGCGGAAUUUCUUUAUUUUGCUUGUUUAUAAUGAGCUUUGAUGAGCACUAUUUUGAUGACUAGAAAAUGAAAUGUCCCGCAUUGUUUUCGUAGUUUUUAUUGCAAUAAAAGCUAUUAGACUCAUAUAGAAAAGCUUUAUGAAUCAUUUUUAUCCUUUCUUCAAUUCUUUCACUCAUCUAUGCAAUGAUAAAGUGUGAUUGACAUUACAUUGGCCACGAAUGAAUAUGCGGAUUGACCUCAGUUUUGAGUGACAUUUUCUUGGUCGUUUAGGUAAACGCAUGUUUUUGUCGCAGUGCUAAACACGAACAACAAAUCUAUCAAAUUUCUUUGGGUAAGACACCUUUUAAAUGUAUUACUCUGGAAUGUGAAGAAUGGAUAUGUUUGCCUUACUCGCAUGAUCCUUAUAUUAAUGACGAACUUUCUGCCUCUGUCACGCGAUACGAGUCUAAUCGUGACAGGAGUAACCGCGCCUGGAAAGGAUUUUUUUUUACUUCAGUAGCGUACGUGCAGCUGUUUACACAGACUAUAUCACGAUUUCAAUACCAUCCUCUUGUUUUAUUGUAUAUCCUUUUAUACCAUUUUCCAAAACUAAAAUUCAUUAGCGGAGUAAUACACUUCAUUUCCAGUAAUUAUUGUCGCCUAUCUGAGAUUGAUUAUUCCUUUAAAUGUUUUUUUUUCUUUACGUGAUGUAAUUAUUCUAUAGCGUAUAAGUCUACGUGACUUGACUACGUGACGUCUACGUGAAGGCAGUAGUUUUCCACUGGCGUUCUUUUUAUGUCACAGGAACGAAAAAUGAAGUGACUAAAUCCCUUUUUAGAUUUUGCCUUCAAAAUCGUUCCUUUUACAAGCUAUUGGUACCAUCUGUUUUUGGGUACUAUCUGUUUUUGGUUGUUGCUUUUGUUUUUACUUCAGUUUAGUUGAAUACGGUUAUAGUAUUUUUUUUUUUACUUAGUGACUUCUGUAUUGAGCUAUUCUUCGACUAGCAUAACUUGUUGUCGAUAAAGAAAUCCCUUCGGUCUGUAUCAUGUGCUAGCCACUGUUGCCUGAGCAUAUUUUGUUUUUCCUUUGCAUCUGAAUAUUUGAUAGACAACCAAAACUUAUUUUAACCUUUUUAAUUGACCUCUGUGAUCACGAGACACGGGCAGUAGACUUCCGCACAACAUAGCUCAACUAGCUUUAGAGGAACAUAGGCGGACUCAGAACCACUGAUUCUAUCUAGUUCCUAUUGAAACUUUGCAAUUCAUCAAACUCAGUAUGGCUGGGGAUUUCUCUCGGUCAUGUGAGCCUAGCCCGAGAGGCCCCGAUGAGUGUAGGUCUUAUUUUGAGCCCGUGGCGCCGGAAGGAGUGGAUGUCGAUACGUUACCAGCAGACCCAAUGGCAGUUUACAGAUUUCCAAAACCGCGACCGAAGCGCAGGUUUUCGGUAGCUGUUCCCCGGGAACUGUUCAAUCCUCAAGAGCAAUACUGGGAGAAAAUGAAGCAAGACAAUAACGUGGAAUGGAGCAAGAAAAUCGUAGACCUCCCCAGAGAGAGGCUCAGCUCACUGGCGAGGGCUGUCAGCGUGGCGACAACAGGCCCCGGGGAGGGGAUACAAAGUAUGGUAUUCGAUCCCAAGCACAUGGAAUCCUUCAAGCCCGCGGAGGUGCGAACCUCCAAGACAUGCAAUGCGCUUAGUGAGUGGAGAAAGAGACAUGACCGGGCAUGUGGUAUCGGAAUAUCCCUGUACGAGUUGGAUCCGCUGACUAACCUGUGCGCGGGCGAGCCCGUGGCGGAUGUCUUUGCUGUAGUCGCACGACCGAACAACUGCAUUAUAUCGCUAGCGGACGGGGUGAGCUGGGGCACGAAAUCCCGGCUUGCAGCGCGGUCCGCGGUGGCAGGUUCUGUGCAGUAUCUCAAUCAGUAUUUGUUCACGGCGUCCAACACGCAUGACGUGUUCAACCUUCUUCUCAAGUCCUUCGAGUUUGCGCAGUCAUGCAUCAUAAAGAACAGUGCUACCAUGACAACACUGUGUACAGCGGUUGUCGCGGAGCUUGAAGGAACUAACCAAUGGGGACUCUGCGUCCUUAACGUCGGUGACAGCCUCGCUUUCGUGUAUAAUAAAAACAACGGCGUCCGGGAGAUCACUAUUGGUUCCCACUGCGAGCAGCGAGACAUGCGGUGUCCGGGGGGAUCUCUCGGUCCCGUGGACGGGUAUAACCCUGACCUGGAGAACAUGACUUUCUCUUACACCACUGUUACCACGGGGGACAUCGUCUUCCUUACUAGCGAUGGCGUCUCGGAUAAUUUCGAUCCUGUGGUGUCCCACUGUGAUCACUGCCAGGGCCCCAUAAAGUCCGCCUAUAGUGCUGACUCACUAAUUGAUCUGAUGAAUGAUACUUCAAUUCUCGAGAAGACAAGCAGGGUGAGGCGUGGCACGCCUAUCACCACACGUGACACGCCCAUGUCCUCCUCUUACUCCCCUUGGGAUGUCCCCCCUGUGCGCCUCAACAAGUCACUACACGAUAUGACCCAGGUAAUUGAGGGCGAGGCGCCUGAAGACGAACUCAGUGCUCAGCAGCUCUGCGCAAAGCUUCUCUCCCACGUGUGUAAAUGCACCAAUGAGAAACGCACAUUCCUGCAAGAAGUGGACCGUAAAGCUCCGAGCAUGAGCAAUGGGCGCCGGCGACCACGUGACAACGAGAUGUUUCGUCGGCGCGUGCAGCAACUUCCCGGGAAACUGGACCAUGCAUCUGUGGUCGCCUUUGAGGUCGGGGCCUUUCCCAGCGAACCUCUCCGACUGGUUUCCGGAGGGCCAGAAACUGUCCGGCCACCCGGACUGUUGCUAAUCGACCGGAUUCAAAACCGGUUUCGGGAGAUGAGUAUGCGUAACAGUAAUAAUUAUGAAGUGAAUAAGGAAGGAGAUGAGAAGUACAACGAACUUUACAGCCUUCUCGCCCCUGUGUGAACGAACUGUACAACUUUCUCGCUCCUGUGUGAACGAACUGUACAGCCUUCUCGCUCCUGUGUGAACAAACUGUACAGCCUUCUCGCUCCUGUGUGAACAAACUGUACAGCCUUCUCGCUCCUGUGUGAACAAACUGUACAACCCCCCCCCCCCCCUUUUGUUUAUCACAUUAUAAUAUUUUUGUUAACACAUUCGUGUGUUCGUGAGGGGUCACUGCGAAAUGGAAAUGAUUGAUAAAAUCACAGCAUAUCACUUGAGUUUUACGGAUUUUGUUUUGGGGAUUAAAAUUUCGCCCAUCGCUUUUGAUUUGCAAACCAAAAUACUUGUUGUUAAAGAUUACGAAAGCAGGAUGUGCGCAGACCAGUUUGCCCCAUUUCAAAAUAUGUUUCUCAAAUUAAGCAUUCGGUGCAACUUUUAUAGAAUAGGUAACUAGCAUGUAUUGGUAGGUAAUACACAUGUAGAUUAUGUAAAACAAAUUCACAUAUUUGUAAAGAUUGUUUAUUAGGUUUUGUACAUUGUUGUAAAUAUUUUAAUUUGAAUUUCUGCCAAAUAUUUGGCGAUGUUUUCUAGAUAAACAUUGAAUGCAAGAUAAUGUAUAUAGUAAAAUAAGCCUGUUAUUGAUAAAAUUCAAUGUGCAUUUCUAUUAUGCCCUGAUAUAGAUAAAUUAUAGACAGUAUGAAUUCAAAUUAAAAUCAAGUGUCUUAAAAA